UACCCAUGUCCCCUACUUUUGCUGUUUUGUGUUCGUUGCAGUUUUCUAAUAGUUCGUGAAUGAAUGGCUAUAAUGAAUGGAUCCGAUUGUUAAUAUUAAAGCUUCUCCACCGUGAUGCUCUAAGUGGCUUGCUAUCUGUGUCUCUAAAUCCAUGGAUUGAGCACGCGAUGAAGCCAUUAGUGAAAUUAUGGCUACAAACCAGAGACCACUGUUAGAUCCACGUCGCAAGUUGAUGCUAAGUAUUGGAUCAAGCAUGGAGACCAGAGACGUCGAAACGGCCUUAUUUUUCCUUAACGGCAAGUAUAUAACAAGCACUGAGACGGAGAAAAUCAGGGACUCCAUAGAGCACCCUUUGAAAGGACUAUUACCAGGAGAGGAGCUAAUAUCAUGCCUUUACCAAAGCUGCCCCAAUAACAACGCAUUGAUAACCGAAGUGUUAGAAGCUUGUGGAAGGCUUGAUUUGAGUAGAAGUUUAAGAGAAGCAGUAUCCAGAGACUCAACCGUCCAUGACAUCCCACAGCAACAAGUGGACAACCUCUUCUCCGCUGUAGGUCCUUUUCAGCAUAUUGUUUGGUUCACCCUCUCGGUGGCAAAAGUAUGUCUAACUAAGUACUUAAAUGUAUUUAAACAACAAGUCCAGAACAAGUUGGAAAUCAGUCCUGCUAUGAUGUCCUACCUCCGUUGUGAUGAUAUUCUAGAAAUCCAAAACCACUCCUUAGCAGUAUUUCAGCUUUGCUUGCCAAAUGAAAGCUUCAUUGACAAGUUAAUCAACAAUUCUCUUAAUGCACAUCAGUGGCUCUUGGACCUUUAUGUGGUUCAAGUACAGAUUGACAAAAAGUCACCAAUUUGUCUACUUCCUGGCUGGUGGAAAGGUUCAGAGGAAAUAACUGUCUCCUCUAAUAACCCACCCUUACUAAGAAGAGCAUGUAGCAUUUUAGGGGGCACUCAAUCAGCUUUUCAUGACCGAGUCAAGCUGGAUGUCAUUUUGGUGAUUCAGAUACCAAAUACACAGUCUAUUUAUCCUGGACUAUUCCGAAAGGUGCUCCACAAGUUGCUCAAAGCUGUCAAACGCCUUUAUAAUUCUGAUUUAUCCGUACGAGUUGCCCUCAUCACCCACGGAACUACAGCUGUGGAGAGCUCAACAUUAUUCUUUGAUAACUUCGAUGAUUUUGAAAGGGAAACAUUCUCAAAAACACAGUCAGUGGAAAUUAGUCAGCAGUCUUUCUUUGCAAAUGCACUUGGAUGUGUUUCUGGCUUUAUUGGUGGAGAACCUGAUUGCACACUACGAAUGGAGGCAUCUAAAGUUUGUGUUGCUAUUUCAUACCUACCACAAGAAUCCUGUGAAAUUGACCAUUACCGCAGUGAUUCCCAUGACAUCAUCAAAGAGUGUAACAAGGUGGCUCUACAUGCCAUCCCCCUUUAUGUCAUCGGGAUUGAUUUGCCUAAUGCACACCCUUGCAGUAUGGCCACAUCAGUGAGUGAAGGGGGACGCAGCGUGAAUGACUAUCCAUUAUUAACGGGACUGUCAGCCAUAGGAGGUGGCAAGUUCAUUCAUCUUAGAGAUAUUGAACAACUAAAAGAGGUUAUUAAUUUCAUUGCAUGUGAAACAACUUCUAUUGAAAGUCUUAUGGGAACUGUUAAUGACCUGGUCAUCAAUAAAAUAGACAUUGAGUAUGGUGACAUAAAUCCCAUGCACCUGGCUUUACAUGUGAAAGAAGCCCUCGAGAAAAGAGCUUGCAAAGUAGACCGUAUGACCAUUGGGGAAAAACCAUUCCCUCUUAUAUCCAAGCUAGCAGAGACCAUCUCCUGGGCAGAAAGUAUGGAGAAUGCAGCCUUUUCAAUGGCACAAUGGAAGGAACACUCUGGCCAGGCUGCAGGGUGUAGAGAAAGUCUACCACAGGCAGAGUCUAUGGAUGUUGAGAUUACACCAGGUACAGGUACUUCAAGCAAAUUAGGCCUCAAGCAAGAUCAGCCUGUUGAUAUAGGCUGUGCAUACCAGAUGGUCAGAAGGCAAAUCCAAAGAAGUGCUUAUUAUAGACCGGUAUGAUAAUAGAGUAAUUUUAUCAUUCAUUAUGAAUCUAAUUAGGCUUUUAGCAGGAAUAGUCUGUUGAUAUAGGCUAUAUGUCUCAGAGGGUCAGAGGGCAAAUUCACAGAAGUGCUUACCACACACCAGCAUGAUAUUAGAGUAAUCAGAUCGCAAUAAUACAGUAUUUUAAAACAAAAGUUGAAAUCUUUAUGUAAAAGAAUAUUUGUUUGUAUCAAACAUAGAAAAUGGUUUUGUAGCUAUUGUAUGAAUGUUUUGGAAAACACCAAUGGAAUUUAAAGAAAUAAAAAUUAAUAAAAUA